CUCAUGUAUUCAUAAACGCAUAUAUAUCCGAAUAAUAUAGCAAAUAUAAGAGAAUAUUAUCGUUAAAGUCAGUAAUAAGAUAAGUGGAUAUUUAAGUCAUAGUCCCAUUUCCAAUUCGGCAAUUACUACGAAAUUGCCAAUUAAUUUGAAGGGAUUUCGACAGCAUUUACGACGAACUUUUGCAUGUAUUUUCGAGUUUAUUUGAGUUUGUAUUUCACACCGUGCUGACUUGAUUGUAAUUUUGUCUCGGAGAGCAGAUGUUUUGGGUUUUUGGGUUGGUGCUUUGCACACAGUUACUGUGGAGCAAAGCCAGUGUAGAAUCGAACGCUGGGAAUGUUGGAAUGACAAUCGAUCAGGAAAUUGCAGGAGCAGUCGAGAUAGGAGAUGCGUUGAACGCGAGACAAGACGAUGGACAAACAGUCCUCGUGGAACUGGACAUGAAAUUCAAACGCGAACAAUGGCGGCAAUUAAAAGCUCUAAACAAUUCUGGUAUAUCCAAGAGGAAUGCAAUACGUAAUGUACGCCAAAGAUGGACCGGGAAAACUGUUCCAUAUGAAAUCUCCAGUUAUAUGAGUUCAAGGGACCGAGUCCAGAUAAAUGCCGCCAUUGCUGACUGGAAUAGGUACACCUGUGUCAAGCUUAGACCCGCCACCUCUCGCGACAGAAACAAGAUAGCCAUACAAAAUGGAGGCGGGUGUUCUUCAUAUGUUGGGAUGACAGGUGGACGCCAGGCUGUAUCUUUAGCCCCGAACUGUAGACAUAAACACAUUGUCAUCCACGAGCUGGGCCAUGCACUUGGAUUCCACCACGAGCAGACGAGGCCGGAUAGGGAUCAGUAUGUCACCAUUGCACGACAAAACAUACCGUCCCACCUCUAUUAUAACUUUCAGAAAUAUACGACACGCGUUAUCAAUACAUAUGGCGUACCUUAUGACUAUUAUAGUAUCAUGCAUUACGGAGCUUAUGCAUUCUCUAGUAAUGGCCGCCCUUCAAUCAUUACAAAAGACAGAUCCAAGCAGAACGUCAUUGGAAAAAGCAACAAGCUCAGUUUUACAGAUGUCAAACUUAUGAACCUUAUGUACACGUGUAAUUCAAAUUGUGCUGAGAAAAAGAAGUGUCCUGGAAGUGGCUUCCAAGGUAAAGACUGCAAAUGCUACUGUCCUGGCAACCCAGUGAAAGAAUGCUCCGGAGGGGGAGGCGGAGGAGGAGGCGGUGGCGGGGGAGGUGGAGGAGGUGGAGGCGGCGGUGGCGGAAGUUCAUGCACAGACAGUCAUCAAUCAUGUUCGUAUUGGGCCAGAAUUGGUGAAUGUCGAAAAAACCCUCGCUACAUGUUGACCAGCUGUAAAAAAUCUUGUCGACAAUGUUCAGGAGGUGGCGGAGGUGGCGGUGGUGGCGGCGGCGGCGGAGGUGGCGGCGGAGGAGGCGGUGGUUCAGCGACUUGCAGAGACUACAAUGCUUACUGUCGUUCAUGGGCCUCGAGGAGAUAUUGCAAUAACAGUAGAUAUUCCUCCUACAUGAAUAUGUAUUGCAAACGUUCCUGUAAUCGCUGUGGAGCUCAAAGUCCCGUUCAAGGUCAAGGUGGCUGUGUUGACUUCAAUCGAAACUGUCCGUAUUGGGCCAGCACAAACCAAUGUCGAUUGAACGCAGUAUACAUGAACCAACAAUGCAGAAAAUCCUGUGGUUUGUGCAGGGCUUAAAAUUGGAGAACCCAUCAUAUUGAAACAGUGGAGGAAAAAAGAAGACAUUUCAGAAACACUAUCCCCUCAACCUUUCUUGCGAUCCUCUACUGAUUCUGCCCCAUUGCUCUAUUCUUGACGAUUUUCCACUCAGGUUGUAUCAUCAUCACACAUGUUGCCUAUUCUUAAACCAGCUCAUUUCAUUCACACGCAAAUGAAUCACACAUUAUGAUUCGACUUGAGUCGACUUUGUAUACAUCGAUACGAUAAUCUGAGAAUAAAAUUUUGACUAAACUUUGAAAUUAAAAAUGAGUAAUUUUCUUGCGAUU